AGAGCUGAGCCCAUGUAAUGUGCAGUUCCGGCCCAUAAUACCAUGCGCGGCCCACCCUUCCAUCUUUGGCUCCAUCUCCAUCCAUCGGCGGCGGCGCAGGAAGAGCGGACUGCGGAGGCGACGACCAAGUGCUGGCGGCGAGCAGGAGCAGCCCAGAAUGGAGAAGUAUCACAGCAACACUCGAUUUGUGCCCUUCAAAUAUGCUCCAUUUGCUCUCUGUGGUGCUCUUGGUAGCUCAAACUCAAAUCCUGAGCAAGCUAGGGGCUACACAUCUUCUCCUCUAGGAGCUCUGCGACAAAAGAUGUCUGCACCCGGAAGACGACCCUUGCACACCAGUCGUCCCAUGUCAUCUCCUGUUGCAAACCGCCCCUUGUCGCCCCAUCUUCCGUUGAAGAAGCCACAGCUGAGCGCUACUUUCUCAAUCUCACACCGUAUAUUUGGUGUUGCAUUGGGAGCUGCCAUCAUAUCCAUCCCUCUCGCAACCAAGUUUAGCCUCAUGUUUGGUGUUUGAGUGUGAAUUGUAGCUAGUAUUGAUGAGGAACUGCAUUUUUCCCAUUCCUGUGACACUGUCAUCGUCUGGGUUGCCUUGCAAUGCAGCACUUGGUGCAGUUGGAAUAAGAUCUUUUUCAUGCUUGCAAACUUUUGUAAUAAUAAGGAACAGUAUCUAAUGACAAGUGUAAAAAGAUCUCACUUUGGAUGUA